UCCCCGGGGUGUAGUCAGAUCCAUGGUUGAACCGGGUUGAACACAUGAACACACGCAUCAGUCCAGUCCCCGCUGAAGUUACCAUAGGCAACAACGGGACAGCGCCUCUUCAGUAAAGCAGAGCAACGCUGUGGAUCACCAGUGUUUUGGAGAGAAGUGCCAAUUUCCUCAAUAUGGGACAAAGAUGAUCAGCAUUUUACUUCCCUAAAGUGCCACAAUGCUGCCAGGCGUUGGUGUUUUUGGCACUGGGGCCACAGCCAGAGUGCUUGUUCCUUUGUUGAAAUCUGAGGGGUUUGAGGUCCAUGCUCUCUGGGGACGAAGUGAAGAGGAAGCAAGCUGCUUGGCAAAAGAGCUUGACAUUCCAUUUCACACAAGCCGAUCUGAUGAUGUUUUGCUGCAUCAAGAGGUUGACCUUGUUUGUAUCUAUAUUCCACCUUCAAUGACAAGACAGAUUGCAGUCAAAGCGCUAGGUAUUGGAAAAAAUGUGGUCUGUGAGAAGGCUGCAACUGCUGUGGACUCAUUCAAGAUGGUGGCUGCUGCCCGGUAUUAUCCUCAGCUGCUCAGCAUAAUGGGGAAUUCAUUGCGUUUCCUCCCAACAUUUGUUGCAAUGCAAAAGUUGCUGGUUGAGGGAUAUGUGGGAGAGCUGCAGGUGUGUGACAUCCGAGUGUAUGGACCCAGUCUUUUGGAUGAGGCAUAUGGCUGGACAUGUGAAGAGCUAAUGGGAGGAGGUGGUCUACACACCAUUGGGUCAACAAUAAUUGAUCUUGUAAGUUUUUUAACUAGGGCCAGAGCUCACCGUGUGCAUGGCCUUCUAAGGACUUUUGUUCAACAGAACAAUUCUAUUAGAGGUAUUCGUCGAGUCACUAGCGAUGACUUUUGCUUUUUCCAAAUGUUGAUGAGUGGAAAAGGGUCCUGCUCAAGUGGAGUAUGUUGCACUGUAACAUUAAAUUUUAAUAUGCCAGGGUCAUUUGUGCAUGAGGUCAUGGUAGUGGGAUCGGCUGGGAGGUUAAUUGCAAGAGGAACAGAGCUUUAUGGUCAGCGAAAUGGAAGUAAAAAAGAGGAGCUUUUGCUUGGUGACAAUGGUUGGAGUGGGCCAGAGGUGAAAGCGAUGUCCUUGCCUCAGAUCCAGGGUUUGAGCUCAAUGGUAAAGGCCCUAAGACAGUCCUUUCAGGCCCACGAGGAACGCAGGUCGUGGGCUCGUGGACCUGUGGCCAUGGCGCCAACAUUUGAGGAUGGGCUGUAUGUGCAGACAGUGGUGGAAGCAAUAAAGCGGUCGAGCACCAGCGGUGAAUGGGAGUGUGUAGAGAUCAUGAGGGAAGAACCAGACCCCAACCACAACCUGUGUGAAGCUCUGCAGAGAAAUAAGAUGUAGAUUACUACUUCAGUGUCUAUUACACUGGUCUUGGCCUAGAAUGUAGUUUUAUUUUAAAUCAGCUGCUUAGCAAAGGUAGUUUACACACAAAUACUUUAUCAAUUACUUUUUUUUAUUCUAAAGCUUUAGACGUUGGAGCCAGUAUACUAUCGAUUAACUGAUAGUUUGUAGGCAUACACUACAUAUUUGUAACAAUGCCUCAAUUCUCUUGUCGUUCAAGUUCAAUUUAACAAUCCUGAAAGAAAUUAAAUUUCAUUAAUUUUUAAAAUCAAACAAUCUCACAAGGAAUUGAAGUACUGGUACAGAUUGUUAUUUGAGGACUGUGGUCAUACAAGUAACUCAUCUGGUGUCCAAUAACUUCUCAACGAAUUUGUAUUUUAAUAAAAAGAUAAUUGGUUUUACUUUGUAUCAACUUGAUAACGAUUCUGUUGACAAUUCCAAGGAUUUUUGCAAAUAAGCUGAGGAAAAGAAAAAUGAGUAAAGAGCCAAUUUACAUAUCAUUUUAUUUGCCUUGUUUAGGUUUACCUGGGCUGUGAUAUUUUUUUUUUUUUAAUAUAUAUUUACAUUUAGUGAGCACAUUGGUAAUUCCGUUAUGUUUUCAAAUUCUAUGUGUUUUUAAAAAUAAUUUAUAUUUCAUGUUAUUUAUGUUUUCUAAGCUAUUUUAUUGACUAAACCUUGGGAGAAAAGUACAACCACUGGAUUGUACCUGCCAAUGUGUUCUAUUGUGCUCACAUACAAAAUUAAGCAGUUUGCCCUGAUUCUGCAUGGAUGGUUCUGGAUCUGUGUUGCUUCUACAGUUUGAACAUGCACACUUACCUCAUUCAUAGUAGUGCUUUACAAAACUUACCUUUUAGCCACCAUUAAACUUCUGCAGGGUGCUUGUAUAUCUAUCUUGAAAGUAAAUCUAACACAUACUGUAUAUUUGUUUGCACUGAUGCACAUUUUAAUAAAAGUGCAGCACCGAACAGCUCACUGCUAAAUUACUAUAUUUGUAUUUAUUUGUUAUGGUGAACAGAAAGUUUUAUUGAUUUGAUGCAAGCUUGAGCAAGUGGUGCUAUUUCUUGUGUUGUAAUUGAAAUUCUAGCUUUUGCUGUAUUAUGUUGUGUAAACAUUAUUUUAAUAAAUUCACUUGACUAGU